UGUGCGUUCGCAACCUCCUAUUAGUGGUCGGUUUGCUCGCUAGCUACCCAAACUUAAUUGCUCUUUGUAUUUCAGCUAACGUUAGUCAGUUGUGAGCGUCUUUUUCUAAAUGUUGCCGUUUGUUUGUUCUCCGCCAAGGCACUGCAUCAGUUCGCAGAAAUAUUUUCAGUGUCUUAUCUUAAAGAGAACGCUAUGUUACGAGCGCUGCAGCAGGCUAUUGGGGGACGUUUCCAAGGGCCCUCGGGAAAUGGCUGUGAUCGUGCAGGGGUGGCGUGGCUCGGAGCGGUGGCGCCCAGCGCUAGAUAUGUUCACUGGACCCCCUGCUCAGAGGAACAGUUAAUCCCUUUGAUGUUCCACAGUUGUGUACAUUUCCUGAAAGAAAUUGGUGCGGUGGUGAAGGCCCAGGUGGAAGCCAUGUUGAGGUUCCGGUGUUUUCUCCCGCUCAUGGCGCCGGUGCUGGCUGUGAUUGGCUGGUGGUGGUACGCCUCUCGCAAGAAAAAGGAAAUGGCCGCCCCAGUGGUGGAGGAGGAGGAGGAGGAGAGCACGGCUAUACGCGAGGUCCUCAACGGCAUGGUGGAGGGCAGGAAGGCCGGACUGAAGGUGGGGGAGGGGAACACUGCGGGGCGAGCAGAGGAGAACCACAUUCUGGCGGCCACAGCUGUGAUGCCCGUCCAAUCGCUGGCGGGAGAGACGCUGGGGAGGGAGGACACGCCCUCUCGCGCCCGCCAUGGCGGCCUCACCGCGGAUCCAGACGCCGACGGCUCGGACUCCUCGGGGCAGGGGACGCCGGGGGGCACACGGGCUGCCCCACGCCUGCCAGACGCUGGCGAUGACGAGGCGGGGGGAGCGGAGGCGGGAUCGAGCACGCUCCAGCCCGUCUGUGACGACCAGCGGGUCGCCGACGCCUCCGAAUGCGGGACCGGAGAAGAGCUUCCUGCUGGACGGGGCGCGGUCGCUGAGGAGGACGGGACUUUGGCUCCUCGUCCUCCUCCUCACUCACCCGGCACGGCGAUCGGCUCCGUGCCUGCUGAGCUCCCAGAAGCACCCGGGCCCGACCUGGACACGGCCAGAGAGGUGGAGGUGGAGGCCGAGGGCCUCGCUGUGCCUUUCCCCGAGCGCCUCGGAGUCCUGCCUGUCCCGAAAGACCGAACCUUCAGAAGCGCCACGCCCGACACCCUGUGCCCUGAUGACGUCGUGCCUUCCCGUCACGUCCCAGCCGCCCUAGCCCCUCCCUCCGACGUGGAGGCAGAGGGCCCACCGCCCCAGCAGGGUGGUCAUGGGACGCCUUCGCAGACGGGUCUGGUCUUGGACCCACGCCAAGAGGAGAGCGGCGGGCCGGCCCCCGGUCUGAACAGGGAGCUCAUCUCCGUGGCAACACGGGAACCGGCUGUCAGCCUGUGCGAUGUCAGCGAAGAGGGCAGUGCGAGGCCACCGCAGCCAAGCGACAGCUCUCCCCCGUCCGGUGAGCCGCGGCGUUCUGUCGUAGACCAGGGAGAACAGGACGGCAGCCAGGGGUCCAUGGAGGUGCUCUGCCAUUUGGACGAGGAACGGGUGGAUGACGUAACUGAGCCACGGCCUCUUGUGCCGGACGGCUCUUUGUCGACUUCGCCGGAGCUGGCGAGGGAUGAGGAGGUGCUUAAUGCCUGCGUCGCUCCUCCUGCCCAGGAGGGGGCGGAGGAGGACAGCAGCAGCAGCGGAACGGAGCCCGGGCAGGAUGACGUCAGCCCAGAAGACUCGCCCCCCAGUCCGGGUGAACCCCACGCGGAUGAUGUCACAGGAACAGAGGAUUCUGGGUGCAGCACGGGCCAGUCGGAAGACCCAGAAGUCUCCCCGUGUGAAAGCUCAGGGGAAGCGAUGGACAGGAAGCCAUCGGAUCGGAGUGGCAGCUGUAUCCCGGCUGCGCAAACAGAGACGCCAAGCCCAGCGCCGGACCAGGCCGAGCAGGGAGGUGACCUCACGUCCGACGGGAUGCACCUCCUUCUGCAGGAGGGUCCCCUUUCAGCAGGGCACGAGGCGUCCCAGAACGGCCACCCCAGCACUCCCGUCCGAGAGGAGGAGGCGGAGGUUGCCGUUAGCGACAGCAGAACGACAGGUCCGCAAAAAGGCCUCGGUCCCGAAGCCACGCCCCCGUGUCAGGGCAAAUCCCCGACAGAUGAUGUCACGGGAACAGAGGAUUCUGGGAGCGGUACGUACCAGUCGGGGGACGGGGCCAGCAGCCCGGAUGACGUCCCCUUCACUGUGCCUGAGGCGGAGCAGAACCCAGCGGCCAUUUUGGCUGUGUCGCAGGGCUCAGACGGACAGGGCCGCGGUCCGGAGAGGAAGUCCGCACCCUCGUUGGAGGAGGGUCACCAGGAGGGCGCCCCCUGCAGGGGCGAGAGGGUCACAGACACAGACCUCCAGAAUGGAAGUCACGUGGUAUCCGAGAUGGAGGGAGACCGCUCUGGAGAGAUCUCCUCAGAGGCCCUGCAGGAGGACCCAGCGGCCAGGAAGUGUGAGAGCGUGGAUGACAGGAAGCCGUCCAAUCAGAGCAGCAGCUGUAUCCUCAGCACACAAACUACGCAGACUCCCUGCUCAGCACCAGACCUCCAGACUCAACAGGAAGAUGCCCUGAUAUCCGGCGGCAUCCUGCAUCCUUCACAGGAGGGUCCCUUUUCAGUGAUACCCCCAGAGGCUUCUGGGAAUGGUUUGUCGCAGAUCAGUCCUGUCCAGGAGGAACCGGACGACGAUGCAGGCAGCUCAACCCAGAGCGAGCAAAAAAGCCCCAGUCCAGAAACCGCCCCCUCCAGGCUAGAUGAACUCCAGGCGUCGGAGGACGUCGCAGGAGCAGAGGAUUCUGGGUGCAGCACGUGCCAGUCGGAGGAUGGAGGGAGCAGCCAGGACCACGUCCCCUCCUCAGUGCCAUCACGUGCAGAGCAGGAGGAGGAGGAGAACCUAGUGCCUGCCUCAGCGACCUCACGAGACUUAGAGGAGCAGAGCAAGGGCCCAGAGAGGAGGUCUGAACCCUCCUCAGGGGAGCACCAGCCGGCUCCCCUCCCCAGGGGCGAGAGGCUCAGCGACCCGCACCUCCAGAACGGAAGUGUCCAGGCGACGGAGACGGAGGCAGAUCUCUCUGGAGGUGCAGGCUGUGCUGUGAUUGGCCGGGUGAGCCAGGGCUGCGCGGCAGGGCCCAGAGAGGACCAGGGCCGCGGUGGCCGGCCCGCGUGCCCACCCACCCCCGAUCUCACCGUCUGGGAGGUGGAGGUGCCAAAGCUGCUCGUGGGGAGGCUGAUAGGGAAGCGGGGGCGCUACGUAACCUUCCUGAAGCAGAGGUCCGGAGCGAAGAUCCACUUCUCUCCCCGGCUGUACUCUCAGGAGUUUCAGAUCUGUCACAUAGAAGGGACAAAGCAGCAAGUGCACAAAGCAUUGGGGCUGAUUGGGAACAAGUUUGAGGAACUGGAUCUGACUAAUAUCUACACCCCUCCUGCACCACCCAAGCUGCCCUCCUUGCCCAUAACGUCCUGGCUGCUGCUCCCUGAGGAGGUGCCGGUGGAGGUUGCCGUGGUGAAGAUCGUGUCGGCGGGUCACAUGUUCGUGCAGCAGCCCAAGCACCCCUCUUACCCAGCACUGAGCGCGCUCGACCAGGACAUGCGCCUGUGCUACUCCCAGCCAGCGCCCGGCCUGCCCUCCCCCACCGAGGUGGGCGUGGUCUGUGCCGCUCCUGGGCCGGAUGGGGCGUGGUGGCGAGCGCAGGUCAUCUCCUUCCACAGGGAGAGCGGCGAGGCCGAGAUCCGCUACGUGGACUACGGCGGCUACCAUAGAGCCAAGAUGGACACCCUGCACCAGAUAAGAUCAGACUUCACAAAACUGCCGUUCCAAGGAGCCGAGGUGGUAUUGAGCAACGUGAAGCCGUUACCAGGAGGGGACGGCUUUUCGGCAGAGGCGAGCGCCGCGCUGGAGGAGAUGACGAGAGGGGCCCCUCUGCUGGCGCAGAUGACCGGCCACAGCCGCGCCGGCGUCCCCUUCGUACAGAUGUGGAGGGCGGUCCAGGAGGAGCUGGUGUCGGUGAACCGUACUCUGGUAGACCGCGGACUCGCCGCCUGGCUGGAGAGCUCCUGAUUCCCACAGGAAACUGACUUUCCGCGCAACCGACCAAUGACCUGCUCCGUUUCUCCCAGGCCACUCCCCUUUUUUCCCCCCAGUCACUUCAUGUUGGAGUUUAGCCUUGACCUGUUUUGACUGGUUUUUAUUAGCCACAGAUGUAGCGAGCCCAAUUUUUGGAAAAGUUUUCCCCCCAUUUUGGAAAAGUUUUUUUUAAAACUCUCGGACAAAAUUCCCUUUCAAAGAAUAGAUAUUCAGCAUUCCGUUUGUCAACAAGGCGGUUUCCUGCCCACACUGAACAGUUUUCGAAAUGGAAAUGGCGAGAACAAUGUGUGCGCGUGUGUGUGUGUAUGUGUGUGUUUGUUGUAAAUGUAAAAACAUAUUGUAGGAUUUAAUAAAGAUUGAAAAGAUUUCUAUA